AUGUUUUCACCACCCACUACAACAACGACAUUUAGUUCGACAUGGUCAACUGCAACAACUGAUCAAUCGAGUUCAACCGAAGAUACAACAACAUGCCAAUCCUUCUUUGGAGAGGACAAGAAUCCAAAUGAUUUGAAUUCCAUAAAAGCCGAAUACAUGAAACAAUGGUCGAAUCGGAAAUUACAACAACAAAAACGACACUCUCCUCAUUCCUUACAAAUUGAUAUUCUAGUAUUGAGUGGAGAACAAGGUGGUGUUGGACAGAGUAGUCUCAUCUAUCGUUUUGUCACUUCCGAAUAUAAGGAACAUUUAUCGCAUUGCAGCAGUACCAUUUACACGAAAGAAAUUCAACUCACUUGUGUCCAUCCUUCUCAUCCUCCUACUACUACUGAAUUGAAUAAUCACCUUUCACCCAUGAUCAUGAUGAAUCGUGAUGAUGAUCGUGAUGAUGAUCGAGAUGAUGAAUGGAUGGUUGUUGCUGAACCACCACCACCACAACCACAACAGUCACCACCAUUACCACCACCACUCCUAGUAUCCACCACCACCACCACCACCACCCUUCCGAAUGUAAAUAACAACAUCCAUUCAACAGAAACAUCAACAAACAACAAUAGAGAUCAGACCAUCCAUCACCAAUGUACAAAAGACGUCACAAACAAUGAGACAUCAACAAGAACCUCUCAAUUACCAUCAUCAUCAUCAUCAUUACUACUUGAUCAAAUCUCUUCCCAUCCAUCAUCUGAAUGCACCAAUUCUUCUCUUCCUUCCAUUAUGAAUCAAUCACAUCAAACGAAAUCAUUUUCCACUCAACUUUCCAAUACAUUGACUCUUAAUAUUAUUCUUAAUAUUGAAGAUUACAUUCCUCGCUACAUUACUGAUCUUGAAAAUACAGAUGAUCGACAGUCUGAUUGUGACGCCUUAUUUGAUGAGAAAUAUUUUGUCGAAUGUCAACAAAGACAAGAACGGCAUUAUUCAAAAAUGGAUGCUUUUAUCAUUUGUUUUGAUGCAAAACAAGAGGAUUUCAUUGAUUUUGUUUACAAUGAAUUGAAUACCAUUAAGAAAGCAUGUGGAGGAGAAGACUCUUCUCUCUAUCAAUCGAAAGUGAUUGUUUUAGCAAUGACCAAGCAAGAUGAUAAUAUUCAUCACACAAAUAGGGAGUUCAAAGUGACCAACAUGGACAACCAUCUCCUCAUUCCCAAAUCGAACACCACACCACUUUCGACCACCCAACCAACUCCAAGCUUUGACUCUAAACGACGACAAGGUGAACUCAUUCAAUUACUUCUCUCAGAUACACACUUACCUCUCUUUCGAGUGAGUGCCAAAGAUAACAUCAAUGUUACUGAACUAUUCAACCAUGUGGCUCGACAAGUCCUUGCAUUCAAAUUGAAACAUCACUUAAUACCAAACACUUUCUUUCGGGAACAGUUGUCUCAUUCGAACACAUGCAAUAACGAGUCAUCCUCUCAGGGUGUGAAAUUCGCGGAUGAACCAAAAGUCACGAUCGAUGAAGAUGGCAACGAUCAGAAGCCUCCCGAGCUCGAGUUCUCUUUGCCUUUCCGACCCAUGACUUUAACAAAUGACAAGACAUUAGCCUCUGUGAGUGCUCGAACUGUUCCUCCCAACUAUUACUACUCCUCCGAUCAUCAACAACAUGAAGAGGACCACAAGGACUCCCUGCAUGUCGAUACUCACAACAUUCAAAGAAGACACAGUUAUGAUCAAAAAAGUAGAAGCAACACCAACAGGACGAAAUGCCUCAUUCAAUAA